AUGGCCCCCGGGACCCCGGCCCCGCGGCCCGCCCCGGGCCCGCGCCGCUUCACCUGGGCCGAGGUGGAGCAGCACUAGGGGCGCGAGGGGGAGCGCUGGCUUGUGGUCGAGCGGAAGGUUUACGACAUCAGCGAGUUCGCGCGCCGGCACCCGGAGGGCUCGCGGGUCCUCAGCCACUACGCCGGGCAGGACGCCUCCGACCCCUUCGAGGCAUUCCACAUCGACAAGGGCCUGGUGAGGAAGUACAUGAACUCGCUCCUGAUCGUAGAGCUGUCUCCUGAGCAGCCCAGCUUCGAGCCCACCAAGAAUAAAGAGCUGAUCGAUGAGUUCCGGGAGCUGCGGGCCACAGUGGAGCGCAUGGGUCUCAUGCAGGCCAACCACAUCUUCCUCCUGCUGUACCUGCUGCACAUCCUGCUGAUGGAUGUCGCCGCCUGGCUCACUCUCUGGUUCUUUGGGACGUCCUUUGUGCCCUUCAUCGUCUGCGCCGUGCUGCUGAGCACAGUUCAGGCCCAGGCUGGGUGGCUGCAGCAUGACUUUGGACGCCUAUCUGUCUUCAGGACCUCAACGUGGAACCACCUACUGCAUCAUUUUGUGAUUGGGCACCUGAAGGGGGCCCCGGCCAGCUGGUGGAACCACAUGCACUUCCAGCACCAUGCCAAGCCCAACUGCUUUCGCAAAGACCCAGACAUCAACAUGCACCCCUUCUUCUUUGCCUUAGGCAAGAUCCUCUCUGUGGAGCUCGGGAAACAGAAGAAGAGUUACAUGCCCUACAACCACCAGCACAAAUACUUCUUCCUGAUUGGGCCCCCAGCCUUGCUGCUGCUCUACUUCCAGUGGUAUAUUUUCUACUUUGUCAUCCAGCGGAAGAAGUUGGACUUGGCCUGGAUGAUCUCCUUCUACGCCCGCAUCUCCCUCACUUAUGUGCCGCUGCUGGGGCUGAAGGGCUUCCUGGGCCUUUUCUUCCUGGUUAGGUUUCUGGAGAGCAAUUGGUUUGUGUGGGUGACACAGAUGAACCACUUCCCCAUGCACAUUGAUCACGACCAGAACAGAGACUGGGUCUCCACCUGCAACGUCCACAAGUCCCCCUUCAACGACUGGUUCAGUGGACAUCUCAACUUCCAGAUUGAGCACCAUCUGUCCCCCACGAUGCCGCGGCACAAUUACCACAAGGUGGCUCCCCUGAUACAGUCCCUGUGCGCCAAGUACGGCAUCACGUACCAGUCCAAGCCUCUGCUCUCCGCCUUUGCUGACAUUGUCCACUCCCUGAAGGAGUCGGAGCAGCUCUGGCUGGAUGCCUACCUGCACCAGUAACAGCCGCGCAGCCGAGAGAGGAGCCUCUGGAGCCAAGGCAGCGGGGAGCCGGAGGGGCAGCACCACUACACUUCUAAUAUUGGGGGAGACCGAUCCAACUCCUCCCCCUUCUCUUCCUGGUACAGAACUCAGAUCCUGAAGGGGUGCAGAACAUGCACACCCCCUGGAAGAAGGGAUACAGCUGUGGGCAGGGCCGUGAGAGGUCCCUGCUUCUUCCAGGUUGGCAGAUGCAGAUGGCUGGUGAGGAGAGGAAGCCAGGAGGUGUGUGAGAACAGGGAGUCAGGGAAAGAUUUAGCACUAAACCUGCCCCAGGGUAGGGGUGAGCCAGCCUCACGGGUCCACCCCUCAGUGCCUUCUCCACCCUUGCACACCAGCUUCAGACUUCAGAGGUUCACAGGCUGGAGGGAGAUGAAGCAGCUUAGCCUUUUGUGCAAGAUUUAGGAAGACAGCAUUAGUGCUUAGAAUCCUGAGCCUCUCCAUCCAGAGGGCCAGGGGAACAUCAGGUCCUAGUCUUGACGAAACAAGUCACUGAUUAAAAUCCCUUAAGUUUUUGAGUCACUUCUGACACCACCCGCGCUCCCAGGAAGGGGAGGCCGCUCCUUGCUCUACAAGCAGGUGGGACAACUCAGUCCUCUCCCUGGAAACAUGACCCCUGGUGGUGUCCACUGCUUCCCUGCCUAUAAUUGCAAGUUUAAUAAAAUAGCCAUCAGUGAGCACAAGGGACUGCAUGGAACACAGGUGCCUCGGCCACAAAGCCUGUAAAGGAGAGGGGAGAUCGUCACAGCCGGAACCACCGC